AUGAAUAGCCCAGGUUUUGACGCGAGCGGCUUCAUUCGAAAGCUGUCGUUGCGUAAAAAGAAGUGGCCCGAUGACUAUUUGUCGGGCGGAGCGCCCAAAACCCGUCGCGGAAGCACCGGCCAGAGAAGCUACCCCUCCCCCACCUCACCGUACUCUCCCUCUUUUUUCGCCCCCUUCGGCGCCUCCCCGCCACCGCCGCCCCAACCCCUCACCUCGCACGCGCUGGCAGAGCUGAGGACGCAGUUCGCCGACCAGAUCAAAUGCCUCGACGCCAAGUUGGACCUCGAUGUGACGGUGAUGUCGGAGCUGCACGAGUUCUACCGGCGACGCGCUCUCGUGGAGCAGGAGUACUCCGACGCCCUGGCUAAACUCGUCAACUCCCUCAAGCACAAACACUCCUGCGAAACUGGGAAAUCCUUGUGGCGUGUUUUUCUGGUGCAAUUAGCAUAUGCAGGCUUCGCGUGCAUUCGAAGUGUGGUCUCAGGGUGUGACACGUGCGCCGCCAGGUCUUAUGCGUCUGUUCCUCCCUAUCCUUCUCCCUCCCUUCCUCCUUCCUCUUCAACCUCCUUCUCGAUCUCCCUCCCCACCCACCUGAGAAAGGUGAUUCAGUUGAAGUUUUGCGCCACCUAG